ACUGUCGAAUUGAUGCUGUCAGUGGCAACUAUUAGAAGCUAAUUGUCAAAAAAUAAAAAUAACUAUAUAACCUCAAAAAAAAGCCGAAAAAACAAGAAAAGCUUUCCCACCAUUGCAAAAAUCUGAAAAUUACUUAAAUAAAAUAGCUAUUAUAAAAAUGAAGAGUUUAUUGAGAAAGUGCGUUUCAUUUAGUAACUCAUCUUUUACUAGGAUAAAUACAGUACGAUUGGCUUCCUCCAAGAAUGAUGCUCAAAAGAAAGAAGAGGCUAAGAAUGUAGAAAACCUAAAAAUUAAAUCGAACAUUAUAGUAGAAAAAUUUGGUGCAGUGACUACACUGAAUAUUGAUCGUCAAAAGACCCGCAACAGUCUAGAUGAAGCUACAUUAAAAGAGAUGGCUGAGAUUAUUAAUGCAUUUGAUAAAGAUGCAGAAGCCAAAGUUCUAGUAUUCAAUGGUGAAGGAGGAAGUUUUUGCUCUGGGUUUGAUUUGGAUGAAAUUGAGCAGAAGGGAUAUAAUACUUUGAUUGAUGCAGCUUCGCGCCUUCGCCGACGGCCGUUAUGCGAUAAGCCCACCAUAGCAGCAGUGACUGGAUAUGCAGUGGGUGAAGGCUUUGAACUGGCACUUGCAUGUGAUCUGCGUAUAAUAGAAGACACGGCUAUUAUCGGAUGCCUUGGAAGACGGUUUGGUGCACCUCAAGGUCUGUAUGGUGGCCGACGUCUCACAUCUCUCAUCGGCCUCUCUCGUGCUCUGGACCUACUUAUAACAGGGAGACCUAUUUCUGGCACUGAAGCUAACACAAUGGGCUUAGCUUGUAAACUCACUACAACUGGCACAGCCCUUGGAGAAUCAAUAAAACUAGCCAAAUCUCUUAUCAAGUUUCCACAAAAUGCUUUAAUAAUGGACAAGCUGGCUGCAAUUAACUCUCAACUGAACCCAAACAGUGAGGAAAGUAUGCGGGAUGAAGCCAUCAUGAACAGUCUCUUGGGAUCAGCUAUUGAAGACCUUAACCAGGGUAUCAAGAAGUUCCAAGGAGGUAUUGGGAAACAUGGUAAGUUUUACAAACUCACCGAGGUACCGUUAAAAGAUUGGGAGCUCGAAGAAACAUUUGAAGAGAUUACCGUUAAGCUAGAUGAAGAGAAAAAGGACAAAAAACCGUAGAAACUAAUUUAUACAGUAUUAAAUAUUGUAGAUUUAGAGGUUGUUUUAAUGGUAAUUUUGCUUUAAGUCGUGCAUCUAUAGUGUAAUUAUUCUUAUUUAAUAAAUACUAUAAUUGAUAAA